UUCAUGCGUUUCACCCGGACAUGUCGGCGCUGUGGUUUGUCCCUGAUGAGCGACUUUAACCACAAAACUCUCCCUACGUUUAGCGAGGCUUUUAUCUUGAAAAUUUACUACCGAAUGCAGCAUUACCGCGACAAUCGGACUUUUAUUUUGAAGACAGGAAGUGUUGUUGCUAGUUGUCGCGGGCUUGACGGCGCCGUGACCGCAGCAGCCAACAUGGCAGCGACAGGUUUCAACAUAAAUCAGAUGAAUCUGCUUUGGCCUCGGAGGCUCAUCAGCCCUCAGACACGGCACCUUCAGUUUGUGUCCUGCAGCGGCCCUGACACGCCGUCGUACCUGAACGUAAAACCCUGUGCUCAUCAUGACUUCAGGUAUUUUGCGGCUCCCACCUGGUUUGGAGCGGCCCGUCCCCGAGUCGGAGCGAGGCACACUUCGCAUGCAGGGAGAGAGCCAGAGCGGGGCAGUCUGAUGAAACUAAACGCGGCGGGAGACAAGAAAGAAAGAAAGAAAGAAAGAAAGAAAGAAAGAAACAGGAGCCUCAACAUCCAUGUGGGUUGUACUGGACAAAAAAAAAAAAACACACAACCUGCAGACUGCACCAGGAUCCCAGCACCUUCACAUGUCCUGAAGCGCACCUUGAACAAAUAAAUGAAAGGGUUUCCUGCCUGGAUCAAGAACGUCUGAACUGAUGCACCUAAAAAGUCCAUUAAUGUCAUUUUAAUGGGUCCCUUACUUAUAAUAAUAAAACUAAAUCAUUGUUACUUAUUACUUCCUCCUUGGUUUUACCUUAUUUAAAUAAUAUUGUUCCUCAACUCUCCCUGAAGUGCCACCUAAAAAAAUGAAAACAUGUA